GAGAUAAAAUGAAUGUCAUUAUGUCACCCUUCAAAGUUGAUUAUGGCAACACAAGACAAGUUCUAGAUCUUUCUUUUAUAAUUUGUAGUAUUUAAAAUUGUUGUAGCAUUAAAAAUUUGUUGUGAAGUAUUUAGUCUUUUGUUUCGCUUUCAAAUAUGUGAAUUCAGUUCCAAAUAUCCGUAGCAGAAAUAAUAAUAGUCUUAUUAUUAUGAGUAACGGAUAUCAUUACAUGGUUUCAAAAUACAAUGAUCAAUUCAAUACAGAUUGGUCCUGUAUUGAGAUCGAGCAUAUUGCAAAUAGAGAAAAUUUAUCCACACUUUAUGAACGUCUUGUGAAUUACAAGGAGCUAGUGCCCUACCCGGAGCAUGUGCUGCUGUUGGUGGAUAGUGCAGAGGACUCGUGUUACAUAGGCUGCAGCAACAGUGAGCCAGAUGCAGGGCUGCACCGCUAUGCAAGCAAGCAGCUGGCAGCUCAGUGGCAGUGUGCCAGGCGAUGGUGCAUGGCUGGGACAUUUUCCACUUGCCUGCAACACCGGUUGGCAAUACUGCAGCGUGUUUGGCAUGCGCUACAAAACAUCGCCGAAAAGCCCAAGCUGCAGACAAGUGGGGCUGAAAAGGAGCCUGUCCCAGCGCAAACAGAGGCGUCACGUGACCCGGUUGUGACGUCAUGCGAGCCUCAGCGCACCUGUAACCAGGCUCUGCUCGAAAUCGCUGUCAAAUCAGGCAUCUCGCUUCUUUUCGCUCUGCUCAGACAGAGCUCUGCCUAUAGCACCAUUACUGGUAGGUACAUGAGUUUUGUAUCAAAUUAUGGUUUUGAGUAUCAAGAUGAGAUGGUACUGUAUCAUGUUAUGUUGAUACUGUCAUGUUAUGUUGAUACUGUAUCAUGUUAUUUGAUACUGUAUCAUGUUAUGUUAAUACUGUAUCAUGUUAUGUUGAUACUGUAUCAUGUUAUGUUGAUACUGUAUCAUGUGGGGUAA